CUCAUUAUUUACGUUCCCGUCAGGAAAAUCGCAGCCAAAUGCGGGACAAAUACUUGUGUUCCAAUUAAGAAUUUAACGAUCUCUUUUUAUAACUUAUUUUUUUCCACUUGUUGGUGUGAGAAGAGUUGAUCAUGCAAGGAAACGAAAACCAGUUCAAGACGUUUAGCGAAAAAUCAAAGUUAUUAUUCACACCUGGUAAUGACAACGAAACUGGAAGACGAACAAAUUUCUACGACGAAGAUGCAGGUACAUGAUGACGAUAAAAUAAUUUAAUUCUAUUGAAGUAGUGGAUCGGAUAACCUCUAUCAGAUUUGCCGAGUGCGGAAAUUUUGCUUGCUAAAGACACGCAAAUAUUAGUCAGCACUUAAUUGAUGGGGAGAAACUUUGAUACUAAUCACUCCGAAAGAUGUCGUCACUUGGUGACCGUAUUCUGUUUUCAACUGUAGAUUACUUCACAAAAAUUCUAAAAUGAUGUAAUCUUAAAUUUAUGGCGGAGUAUAGCAACCAAGAGAUUAUAUUUAACGGAGAAAAGAGCAGUACAGACACACAUGUCAAUGCGUGUCUUGACGUGUCGAGAUUGGAUUCAAAAUGAAUAGCUUGUAGUGCGUGACUUGAUCUCGAUGGGGUGACGUCUGCUCCUAUUGCGAACUUGGAGUCAAGUUUCUCUGCACCAGUUUCGCACUUAAGCUCAUCGUAGGUCUCUGUUUGUUUUAAAUAGCACUUUUAACAACAAUAUCGCUUCUUACCAAUAAAGUAUAAAAUAAAAGAAUUUAGAUCUUCAUUUCGGUCACAAUCUGCUCUAACAUGGUUACUUUCACUAAGGACCACAACCUCAGCAGAAAGUUUCAAAGGGAUUUCAUCUCGACACCAGGAAGAUGCUGAUUGGCGUUGCCAUAGUGAUUGGGAUCGCAUUUUCUUGGGUGGGGUCAACGCAAUUUGCUCAGAGCUCAUAUUCGCCGGAUUUUAAUGCGCCGUUCUUUGUCUCUUGGUUCUCAACCUCGUGGGUGCUUGUGGUUUUUCCUGUCUAUUUUUUGCGGGCACUACUCAGAGGAAAGAAGAUAACUCAGUUUUACAGGUUUGUCAAGUCAAAAAAAAAAAAAAAGAGACGAAACUCUUAGACUUUUGGAGUAUGUAGCUUAAACAAAGAUUUGAUCUCAUCAAAUUCUUCUAACUCUCGUCCUAGUUUAGGGACUGGUCAUGGGGGAGGGGAGGGGAAGCCAGAUUUCGGUUGUCUCACGAUAAAAUUUACGUAAUCCCCCCAUGAUGCUUCUUUAAUUUUCUGAUCCUGCUCCAACUUACCGACUAACCGUAAUAAAGACUUAUUUUAAAUUUAUUCACUGUUGCAAAAAUUCCUUAAUUCUCUUAUACUUACGCGUCACUGGUAAGCUUGAGACAUGACAUGCUCAACCUCAUUCCCUCUCUCUUCCAGAGGGUCAGAAGACCUGGGAACGAGGUUGUGACAUACAUCAGCGUUUUGUCUUUAUUUCCUCUGUUUUAGAGAAAGUGAAAGAGUCUUUGGAAGCCAAGGCCUGCACCUCAGCUCACUUCUCAAAUACGUGGGGCCAUUUUGUCUUCUUUGGGUGAUAGCCAAUUACUCUUAUGUGCGAGCCCUCGGGGUCCUUCGGGCAGCGGAUGUUAGUGCUCUGUUUUCGUCUUGCAAUGCUUUUGUUUAUGUGUUCUCCCUGAUUUGGCUGCAGGAAAGGCUCGGAAUUGUUCAGGUGAGGGGAACAAAACCUCGAUCACAACUUGAAACCAGUAAGGUAAUGUUUGACCGUAUCAAUCGAGCUGAUAAUGUGAAAUAGCCCCCGGAGAGAAAUUCUAAAGCUGACGUUUCUCUCUAACGAAGGGGUAACCUUCGAAACAGUCAGCUUUAGAACUUUAUGAAUCUCUCAUUAUCAACUCAGUUGAUAUAACUAAAUUUUCUGGCAUUUCGGAUGCUCUACCACUGAGCUAUAGGAGACUCGAGAUGGACUGGGCCCCUUAACUAGUUCCUUGGUGAUAAAUUUAAAGUUCCUGCGUACUGCAAGGAUAGGAAUGUCGAUGUAUGAUACUUUUUCGCAGUGAUGAUACACUAGUACUGUUGUCGUUUGCUUCUUGUUUCUAUCGCUAUAUCUCUUUUCCGUAUCGUUACGAAUCUGUUUGUAGUUUUAGUUUUCAUAAUAUCUCAGCAGUUCUAAUAGCGCCUUUGUGAGGGGAGCUCGACGAAACUCGAUGUAGGAGGUUUUACCUCAUUUUUUGUGGACAACAUGAAGGAAUCUCUCCUUAACCCAGUAAUGACCUUCACUUCGUCUUAUUUUAUUUUUUUACCUCCACAGAUUUCAGCAGUUGCACUUUGUAUUGGAGGUAUAGUAAUGAUGGCUUAUGCAGAAGGAUUUGCAGGACCCAACGUUGUUGGUGUAAUACUGUCUGUAACUGCAGCAAUCGGAGCUGCUUUGUACAAGGUAAAUUCUGCAAAGUACCGUUAGGGUUUUGAUCAACGAGAUGCCCUCUGUGCGAAAAUCUAGAACAGAUGCCAGGGAUAUCCGAGUGCUGAAAGCCUUGUUUACAGAAUCUUAUUUUUACGUGUCGUGAAACUAAAGCAAAAAUCUAACAGCCUCUUUAGUUAAAGUUAUGCAAAUCUAGUCACUUUUCGAUUAAUUUGUUUCAGCUUGAACUAGGCUUAAAUCCUGACACAACCACACUGAAUUGAUCUUAUAAGAGACCAUAUUCUCUUGAAACUAUUAUCGUACCAAAAUUUUGUCUUCUCAUUAAAAAUAUUAAAUCAAAAAAGUUUUAGUUAGCAGAAUGGUUGCCUGUUUUUAGAAUGAAAUGCUAAUUUAACAUGUUGCACAAAUUUACUGGGUGACAUCCCACGAGAAAUCCUGGAAACGAGUUCGCUUUGGCUCCCGCACGGUACUAUGCCCCGCUCGGGGAGUGCUGGUCGGUUACCCUUCUCUUUUGCUUUUAAGGUCUGGUUUAAAAGGAUCGUUGGAGACGCUACAUUAGGUCAAGUUUCCCUGUUCCUGUCCUGCCUCAGCUUACUCAGCACUGUACUUCUUUGGCCCUUAAUCGUCAUCUUUCAUUAUACACGUUGGGAGGAAUUCAAAUGGGAAGAUAUCCCCUGGAAAUAUCUUUGUGGAAAUGCAGUUCUGGGAAUGAUAUUCAACUUCCUGAUAAACUUUGGCAUCGCUUUUACGUACCCCUUGUUCAUCUCUCUUGGUACAGUUCUCGGUAUUCCUAUCAAUGCUGUGACAGAUUAUCUCUUUCGAAGAGCAGCGUUUGGCAGUUAUAAAAUAGUUGCUGCAUUUUCCAUCGUGAUUGGUUUUUUGUUUAUGCUGUUACCAAAAGAGUUCGAAAAAACUCUGCAGGAAACAUUUUGUUGUCGGAAGAGAGAGCGGAUCUUAAAUUGAGACUGCGUUUGUUGUGUUAAACAACUUAUGAAUGACCCUCUCCUAGGUUUUAAUAGGCCAUUUUCGAUAUAUUAAAAUUCAAACUUGGCCCUGAGGCUUGGUGGAAUUAACAAAAGAAAUCACAUCAAGGUUGAGGGAUGAAUAAUUAAUUCCUCUUGUUUUAUAUCCCCUAGCCUCGGAGCCAUGUUAGAAUUUUAAUAUAUCGGACAUGGCCUAUUGAGCGUCUCAAGUUUGGAAGGCCAAUUGCUAACUAAUCUUUUGAUUUAUUCAAUCUUAUCAUAUAUCGCAAAACUUCCUGUAACUCCUCUUGAGUGUCAUCGGAACAUUACACGAGGCUAAGAAGACCCGGUUAUGCCAGGAAUGUCCAUUGUGCAACGGCUGUCUUCAAACGAAAUGUGCUGAAAUAAACACAUUAUUAAUUUUGUGUACAAAUAUUUUAACCUUGGUUUUCGCCAGAUGCCCGAGAGUAAUUAAGCUUUAGCAUUGGUCCAUAUCAGAAGCAUCUAACCUAUAAGCUAUAUGCUUCUGUCCAUCCUGAUGGAACAUUGAGCUGUACGCUUCGAUACACACACGGGUUGCAAUAAUUUGCUUUGAUUUGUUCAUUCCAUGUCAGCUCGCAAUUAUUCACUCAAGUGGAAGUGAUUACGAGAGGGUUUUUAACGAGCGAGGCCAUUAUCCACCCAGUUUCACCGAUACUGGGGUGAAUAAUAGUUUUAGCACAGUCCACACAAAAACCGAAAAAAUCUAUUUUUAUGUCAGUUCACUAGAAAGUUGUCGGGAAUUAAACUUUUGAUACGCAAUUUUGUCUUUUUGGCUUCUUAGAGAUGAAUAGUACGUACUUGCUAGUCACAACCGACCUAGCCAAUGAGCGUGUGCAAAAGGCACGCGCUUUUCAACUGUGUGAUGUUUACUAAAACGUAUUAUUAUUGAUUUAAUUGCAUAGAGUAAAGUAAGAAAGGAAUGUGGA